CAACUUCCUUUACACUAACUACUAUCUAUACCUCUCAUCAAACACUUUCCUCCAUGAAGCAUUUUAUAUCAGCCAUGCUUGUUCUAUUCCUCCUGUUACUCUCGCCAAACAGGUCUAAAGGAAUCAGGUUAUUGAUGGAAGAACAGUCACUGAAUUCCAAACACUACCAUCUCCAUGAGGAUAGUUUGAGGAGCCAUGACAUGAGUAAGGAGAAGAAGAGUGGAGCAUUAAUCGACAGCAAGCAAGGGGAAGUGCAUGUCUACAGCUCGUUGCCGCCGCGACCGGAAACGAAGCCUCCGACGACGAUGCAGAAAUACCCUGACAACCUAGAUAUUGCAGGAAUGGACUACUCUCCUGCAAAGAGAAAGCCUCCAAUCCACAACUGAAGUAGCAUACACGCAGCUUAGGAAUUUAGUAGUGGGUAUCAGUCAGUAGUAGUGGUAGAUAGGUAGAACUGUAUGUUGAAGGACAACAUUG